AUGGUUAGCGUUGCAGUAUUAGGAUCAUCCGGAGGCAUUGGCCAACCACUCUCACUCUUGUUGAAGCUGGACCCUCGCGUGUCCAGCUUGAGAUUGUACGACUUGAAGAUGUCCCACGGGAUCGCCACCGAUUUGUCGCACAUGGACUCCAACUCCAUCUGCGAGGGCUUCAACACCGACGAGAUCGCGCUCGCGCUCAAGGGCGCCCAGAUCGUCGUCAUCCCCGCGGGUGUCCCAAGAAAGCCCGGGAUGUCACGUGAUGACCUUUUCAAGAUCAACGCCAAGAUCAUCAAGUCGUUGGCGUUGCAAAUAGCCGAGCACGCGCCCGAGGCGCGCGUCCUCGUGAUCUCGAACCCGGUCAACUCCUUGGUGCCCAUUGUGUACGAGACUUUGAAGAGCGUCGGCAAGUUCGAGCCGGGUAAAGUGAUGGGAAUUACCACAUUGGACAUUAUCCGCUCACACACGUUCCUGGUGGACGUCUUGGGCCGCAAGGCGUACAGCGUCGAGAAGUUGCGCAGCGCGGUUACUGUGGUGGGCGGCCACUCGGGCGAGACCAUUGUUCCGAUUUUCACCGACCAGAAGUUCUACAGGCGUCUCAGAGACAGAGAGCUCUAUGACGCGUACGUGCAUAGGGUCCAAUUCGGCGGAGACGAGGUCGUAAAGGCCAAGGACGGCAGCGGUAGUGCUACUUUGUCUAUGGCCUGGGCGGGUUACAGUUUUGUGAAGCAGUUGCUCAACAGCUUGCACCUAGAAACAGGCGAAGACGUGCAUCCGAUCCCAACGUUUGUGUACUUGCCGGGUUUACCGGGCGGGAAGGAGCUCCAGCAGAAGUUGGGCACCUCUGUUGAGUUUUUUGCCGCGCCCGUGAAGCUUUCCAAGGGUAUUGUGGUUGAAGUUGAGCACGACUGGGUCGACAAGUUGAACGAUGCCGAGAAGAAGUUGAUUGCAAAGUGUCUUCCAAUCCUUGACAAGAACAUCAAGAAGGGUCUCGCCUUUUCGCAGCAGACAAAGUUGUGA